GUUUGGCCUCGCGAUGCGGGCCCGUAUCCUGUGGGAGGCGGCUCGGUGCCUGCGGUCCCGCGGAGCUCUCGUCCCGGCCCGCCGGUCCCUAAGCAGCGGAAGCCCGCCGCUGGAGGAGCUGUUCGCCCGCGGCGGACCCUUGCGGGCCUUCCUCGAGCGCCAUGCAAAGUCUGAAGUCCAGUUGCAGGCCAGGGGGCCCGAGCUGGCAGUGGUGGCCAAACUGCUGAGCGAGAAGGAGCUGGAGCUGCGGGAGACCGAGCACUUGCUGCACGAUGAGAAUGAAGACUUAAGGAAGCUUGCAGAGAAUGAAAUAACUUUGUGUCAAAAAGAAAUAACUCAGUUGAAACAUCAGAUUAUCUUACUCUUGGUUCCCUCAGAAGAAACAGAUGAAAAUGAUUUGAUCCUGGAGGUAACUGCAGGAGUUGGGGGUCAGGAGGCAAUGCUGUUUACUUCAGAGAUAUUUGAGAUGUAUCAGCAGUAUGCUGCAUUUAAAAGGUGGCAUUUUGAACCUCUGGAAUACUUUCCAAGUGAAAUAGGUGGCCUGAGACAUGCAUCUGCCAGCAUUGGGGGUGCAGAGGCCUAUAAGCACAUGAAGUUUGAAGGAGGUGUGCACAGAGUGCAGAGAGUGCCAAAGACAGAGAGGCAGGGCCGCAUCCACACGAGCACGACGACUGUAGCGAUUUUACCCCAGCCUGCCGAGAUUCACCUCGUGAUUAAUCCUAAAGAUCUGAGAAUUGAUACUAAGCGAGCCAGUGGAGCUGGAGGCCAGCAUGUAAACACCACGGACAGUGCAGUCCGGAUUGUUCACCUUCCAACAGGUGUUGUUUCUGAAUGCCAACAAGAGAGAUCUCAACUGAAAAAUAGAGAGAUGGCUAUGAAAAAGUUACGUGCAAAGCUGUACAGCAUGCAUCUAGAAGCAGCAGCAAGUAAAAGAUACAAUGCUAGGAAGAUUCAGAUUGGAACUAAAGGAAGGUCAGAGAAAAUAAGAACGUAUAAUUUUCCACAGAACCGGGUCACAGAUCACAGAAUAAACAAGUCACUUCAUGAUCUUGUAACUUUUAUGCAAGGAGAGUAUCUACUAGAUGAACUUGUACAGUCACUAAAGGAAUAUGCUGAUUAUGAAUCCUUAGUAGAAGUUAUUUCCAAAAAAGUUUAAAUUGAUUUGUUGAAGCCUUUUAUCACUUACAAAAAGGCUGCUGCAGCAGAUCGCACUGUGUGUAAAUACUCGCCAAUAUUCUCUUGAAAAACAUAGGUUAACACAGUUGAGAAUAAUAUCCAUAUUCUUAUUAUGACAGAUAAUUUAUAUAAAUCUCUUUCAAUGUAUUAGUAAAAAACAUACAAUAUAAUCAUGACUGGUUGUAAAUCUUGGACUCUGUGUGAUCUCAGAAGUAGACAAAAAAAUAGUCUGUUGUUUUAUGUAAAAUAUUUAAUGAAUGAUUAAAAAUUUGGUUUACUGUAACUUUCUAUCAUGGAUAACUUCAAACAUAAAAGAAAACAGGUGUAUGACAAUAAAUAUUGUAUUAGCGUCCAGUUAGGAAACAAACCACAUCGGUAAUAUGAACAGGGAAUCCCUCGGUGAUGCAAACAGUUAACACAUUCAGCUCCUAACUGAAAGGCUGGAGGUUU